AUGGUAGUAUUCUUUGGUGGUGGAUUCAUUGAAGGCGGUGGUUCCCUAGCUGUUCCCCCUUCAGCUUACCCCAUCCUCAAUGUUUCUGCACAGAACGAUAUCGUUUUUGUAUAUCCCAAUUACCGCGUAAAUACAUUUGGAUUUCUACCAGGGAAAGAGAUAGCUGAAGACGAAGAUUCUGACUUGAACCCCGGUUUACUGGACCAGAAGGCGGUUCUUGAAUGGGUGAACAAGUAUAUUGAUCAAUUUGGAGGGGACAAAGACAGUGUUGGUAUUUGGGGUCAGAGUGCGGGAGCGGGAAGUGUUGUCGCACAAGUCCUCUCCACCUCCGAAGAAACCAGCCCACCCCUCUUCCACCGCGCUCUUGCCUCCUCGCCUUUCUGGCCCAAAACCUACCUCUACGAUGCUCCCCAAGCUCAAUCUAUCUACGAUACCAUGACCGAUCUAACAAACUGCACAGGCGCCAUCAAUGGCACCUUACAAUGCUUGAAAUCUUUAGAUUGGGAAGUCUUGGCUGAAGCUGCUCUAACGGUUGCUGCAAGUCAUACUUGGAAUACUAGUAGUUAUACCUGGGCACCAGUAAUUGAUGGGAAGUUCUUGAAGAGAAGUUUGAGUGAUGCAACGGUUAAUGCAAAGGGUGGCAAUGGUGGAAGGGGACAAUUCGCAAUUUUAGAGGGCUGGGGCAUGUAUAAUGCGCAUGAAGGCAACGGCCUCCAAGACGCUACAGAUACCGGCACACCACCCUUCAACUCUACAACCGCCUCUUUCAACGCAUGGCUAGCAGGAUUCCUCCCCUCCUUUUCCAAAUCUCAACUCGAUGCCGUACGCGCCAUAUAUCCAGCUUCUGGCACCGCCGAGACAUUCCUGAGUUACAACACUAGUUACGUCAGAGCCGGUCUUAUAUAUCGCGAUUCGGUAUUGGCGUGUCCGGCGUUGUGGAUGAGUAAGGCGGCUAGUGGGAGUGGCUGGUUGGGUCAAUAUACUAUUUCUCCUGCUAGACAUGGGAGUGAUACUAUUUAUUGGAACCAAGUAAACGCAGUCCAGAAAUCUCAACCACUCAUCUACCAAGGAUACGCAGGAGCAUUUGCCUCCUUCAUGGCAACGGGAAACCCUAACGAGCAUAAAAUCAUAAAUGCAACUGAGCCGGGUGUACCAGAGUUAGAUUCAGGCAAGGAAUUUGUUAUUGAGAGUGAUGGGUUUGAGAAUGUGAGGAUUAAUGCUGGAGAACAGAGUUUGGAGGCUAGAUGUAGCUUUUGGGCUAGUGUUGCGGGGAGUAUACCGAUUUGA